AUGCGACAGCGUGGGGCCAUUGUUUAUCAGGAUCUUCUUCGUCCUCCUGUUGGUGCCUUCAAUUUCUGGAUUUUUGCCUCUUUUGUUGCUGGAAUUGCUGCAUUGAUUACUGUGUUGGAACUUUCAGUGUCUAUGGAUUCUGACGACCAUCGGGUUACAGACCCGCCAUUGCAGCCCAAUGAAUCCAGCGAUGAUGAAUUUUAUGGAGGACCACCUACACCUUGGAGUGGUGUAGUUCUUCAUUUGUUCAUCAACCUGACCCUGAAACAGAUGGUGGCCCAACUUUUUCACCUGGAUGUUGACACACCCGGACUUGUUCGGAUUCUUUGCAAUUCGACUCCAAUUGAUCUUCGGACCAGCAUCGCCGGAUUGGAUUGGCCCAGAAGGGUUUACGUGCAAGUUUCCAGUUUUACAGAGUACCAAAGAAGCCUGAAUCUUUUUCAUCAGCUUCAACAUGCCCCGGAUGUCCCACCGCAAGAGCAUCAUGCACGAGGUACUCUUCCAGUUCACGUGUACCUUCAUUUCAUUUCAGUGUUCCGAGCUUUGCAGCAAUAUGAUAAUCUCAUUAGCUCACAGUCCGUUGCGAUCGAACGCUUAGAGAAUCGACUUGCCAGACUUGAGACAGCUGUCGCCACCGGUGAGCCCAUUUUGCUCACUCCCAGACAGCAACCAGAGCCAUCGGCCAAGUGGGACCGGAACCUCAAGGCCUGUUAUCCCUUGAUGGAAAGUUCAAGUGAACUUCACAAACACACCCAGUCAGAUGAGAUCUGUGGGACUGUUAGACCGCAAGCUUGGACCUUGGGUGUCUUGUCCAAGUCAAGUCUUGGAGGCGCACAGAUCGAAGAUCACAACAGGUUUGAGAUGCAGCCCAGCGGGCAAGCCGGUGCAUCCAGCGCCAAGCUGGAUAAGAUCCGUGAGCGCAGAAGCCUGCCAAUCGGGCAGAAUGUAGGCACACUUGCCGUGAUGCUGGCGACGCUCCUAGUUGAGGGGGGAGACUGGCUCCGUAUGAUUUCCAAAUCGGAAGCUUGUCUCCACAAGAUCUUCCGUCUGAUAGGACCAGACGUAGUGGAUGAAGACAUUGACCUUUUUGGACUUGAUGGUUACAGCCCUCCAGGUUGUAGCUCUGUGGCACACGAGGAGCCUCGUCUAGAGGAGGACGAGUUGACUGAGGCAGAUAAGACAACUCUGGACUCCAUCGUCCACCAAGCGAUGCUCAGCGCCAGUUUGGCUGACGGGUUGUCUUUACCUUGGGAAACAGGAAUCAUGGCGACCAUUUUUGGGGAUGCUCCCAUUGAGCAAGAACCUUCGCUGCCAAUGAUUGCGCAUUCGCUCGAUCACUCUGAGUUGGGACACGCGAGCCAACGAGGAAGACUUGAGGGCCAAGCGAAGCGGCAAAGAACAGAAACAAGCGCCAACAGACUUUACGAGAGAGCCAUUUCCUUCAAGACUACUUUGACUGACCCCGAGAUGGACCAGGCAAAAUGGAGCAGGGCCUUGGAAAAGCUAUACACUGUCAUGGUGUCGGGACCAAGUAGUUUCACAUUCACUGCUGUGGAUGUCGCGAAGAAUUUGCGACAGAUACGUCUCCUCUGCGGGGCCAGGAGCCCGAACACGAUAGCCAAGAGGGCAAACAGCCUUCUGCAGUUUUGCCUAUGGCACAAGGGAUACUACUACAGAAAGCAUCCAAUCCCUUUCGCACAAGGUGAGGUGGCCGACUAUGUGUGGGAAAAACACCAGGAUGGCAUGACAUACACUGGCCUCACUUCUUUUGUGGAAGCUGUGCAUUUUGGCACUCACGUGCUGGGGCUCCCUGUGGCAGACCCAGAAAUCCCGAUUGUUUCAGCAUUCGUGAAAAGCAUCCUAGACAAAAUGGCCCUAUCCAGGCCGAAGAGAAAACAGGCACGGCCUCUCACAGUUUCAGAGGUGACAUUUUUGGAAUCAGUGGUGAAAGAUUCAUCGGUGGACUCCUUUGACAGAUACGCUGCAGGAGCAUUUUUGUUUGCUCUGUUUGGGAGGUGUCGAUGGUCAGACCUGAGACAUGUCAGCCACUUCUUCCUGGAUGUGAACACCAUAGAUGGCAAGACCAUAGGCUAUAUGGAGUUCGCAACUUUCUCUCACAAGACUGCAGCACAAGUUGCGAGGCAUGGUAUGCCUCUCCUAUUGGCUACAAAGUGGCUGGCAGAGUUGCUGAAGCAAGGUGGAUUCAACCUCGAGGAUGUGACCUCGCACAGCCUAAAGUGCACGGUGCUCUCGUGGCUUGCCAAAGCAGGCACCGAGCCCCACCACCGUUUGGUGUUGGGACACCGCAGCACUCAGAAGGGCUCCCUAGAGACAUACUCUAGAGACAUGCUGGCUGCACCGCUUCGUGCUUUGGAAGAUGUCCUCAGACGCAUCAGAAUGGGAGCUCUCCAUCCUGAUAUGACGAGGGAAGCUUCAUCGCUCAUUCACCCCACAGCCGCUCUACGAGAUAGGGCAACCAAAGCGGGGUUGAGUGCGGAAGAAGUGCAGGCCAUUUUGGACAACAAUGUUACUUCAAUCGCGCAGAUGGCCUUUGCUAUCACCCCACCUAGGCAAUUGCCUCCGGACACCCUGGACAAAGUGCAGACGAACAUGUCAGAACAUUCGCCUCAAGCGGUUGCACAGCAUAGGUCUGAAAUGUUACGCAAGAUGAUUUCCCGGUCAUCCCAACUGGCGGAGCAAGAGCAAGCUCUCAAGCGGAGCAUGUCGCUCAGGCGCCAGAGAGUUCUUGGAAACAAGCGGUUGCUUCUUUUUGGGGAGCUGCUUGCCGAGGCGGGUUCAAAAGACGCCUCACUUGUUGAAGACAUGUGCAACGGCUUCGACCUGACAGGGAAGCUACCUGCUUCCAACCACUUCAGCCAGAAGUUUCGCCCAGCUGCCCUGCCUACUGAAGCGCUCCGGGGAAUAGCCGAUCGAGCCAAAGAUGCACUUUUAGCUAACGUAAGAAGUUCGGGCGAUCAACUGGUGGAUGAAGGCGUUUUGAAAGCCACGCUGAAAGAAAAAGAGUUGGGAUUUCUCCAUGGGACCAUAGACGCUUCUGCCAUUCCUCGUGGGGCCACAUUGACCCGUCGUUUUGGGGUGUUACAGAAAGACAAGGUAAGACCGAUCGAUGACUAUAAGGACUUGAACGUCCAUGUCUCCAGAGGUUUCCGCACGUUGUCAAAGGAGCUUGCAGAGUCCUUGGAGCUCAUGGUAGAACUCCUCACAGAGAAUGCCCCUCGACAAGUUGACAUCAACUUUUUGGACUGGGUGCACAUUUACGUUGACGCUGCUUUCGAACCCACUGGAUAUUCUGGGGUUGGAGGCUUGAUUCUCAACUCUUCAGGCCAAUGCCUAGGAUGUUUCAGUGAAGAGGUUCCUCCACUUCUGGUGGAGAAGCUUAAGAAAGAAGACCAGAAGACGGUGAUUUUUGAGCUGGAAGGAUUGGCGAUAGCUGCAGCCUUGAGUACUUUCAGUGAGUUUGCCAAAGGCAGGAGGGUUGUGAUUUUUACAGACAACCAGAGUGCUCAGUCUUGCCUGAUCAAGUGCAAAUCAAACAAUCACCAUAUGAACCUCAUAGUUCGUUCUAUAUGCUCUUCAGAAGAGAAGCUAGGUCUGGUAACUUGGGUUGAGCGAGUGCCCUCACAAUCCAACCCAGCUGACGAACUGUCCAGAGUCAAGAUGUACGAAUACGCAGGAGUCAAAACCAAACAAGUUGACCUGCUCCAAUAUUGGACAGCAGGCACAGAGGAAAUGAACGUAAGUUGGUCUCAAGUGAAAGGGGGAGAGACGCGAGACAACAUGUGA